AUGAGACAUGUCAGGUUGAUGGAGCUGCAGCGUGAGCUGGGUUAUCGGUUUCGAAAUACCCGCAAUCUCACUGAUGCCCUCCGGGUACUCGGAGAGCGAGCGGAUGACCCGCGGUUCUCAUACAGUGACAGCGCGGUACUGCUAAAUGUCGCAUCCUCCGUGUUAACGAUGAUGCGCACAGCCGCAGCCCGACCUGGCACGAGCAGCUACAGCUGGAGCCAAAGCCACUCAUACGCUGGUCCACCUACUCCAUCCCCCAUCGCAAUUCUCAGAAGUCCCGACUUUGAGCUGAAUCAGAGCAUAUCUGAGGCUAUCUUGUCAGCCUCCGUUUUCAGGAGGCCCAUAGCGCGGCGCAGUGUCAAUCCGAUGCAGAUCAAGCUCACUGCAGGCACCAUCAUCGGAGCGGCCUUUAUUGACAGUGAUGGGAGUCUCCAAUCCAUGUACAACAUCGUCCAUGCUCUUGGGUUGGAAAAGUCUCUCGAGCCCAGCCCGGAGCCUACGCCUGUGGACGGGCAAGACCAUAGUGGAGCAGGUCCAAGCUCUAGCGUGACAGAAUCUACUGGACUUCGGGCGUCUGCGGCGGAAGGUCAAGAGAGCGCUGGGCAGGAUGUUGACUUGACGUCUGAUCCCGUGGCUACCACCCCUGCUCUCAGGGUCCCCGAUCAUGAAUUGAACACCCACGAAUCUACGUCCACCGACACGACCACUCAGCAAUCUAUCAUGGCGCAUGAGGGUUUGCCUUCUGCCAUUUCAUACUAUGACUGGGACCAGGAGGCCUGGGAAACCAGCGGAGGCUAUGCCAUCAGGCUUUCACUUGGUGCCAAACAUGGUUAUGUCACAAUAACAGGGAGCCCCAAGCGUCCUGGAACGAUACAAAAUGCCGAGUUGAUAUCCACGUCUCAGCUCCCCACCCUGAUCCACGAGUUGGACUGGCAGGCGGAUUGUGCAACCAUCCCCAGCCUUCCAGAUGAAUCGUUGCCACCGCGAGAGCGGAAAUACCAAUUACCACGAACCCUCGACUGGGAGGCUGAUCCACGGUGGCUCCCUGCUGGUUUCCUACGAAAUAUCGAUGUAGCAAAAGCCCGGGCUUUGCUUCUGGAACAGAAGGUCGCUGCACUUUCCCAAGAGAAACAGAUCCCCAAUGGUGAGGGCUACAUCGGGACGCUGACAACGCAACUCUUACACCAAGUCGCGUGGUAUUUGGCAUACGCGAAUCCACAGCUGCAUCCGUGCCUCCAAAGACAUAUGAGGAAAGAACACCGGCAUCACAUUCCGUUGUACCCUCCACUAAUCAACGAGUACCUGUUCAACACCGUUCCCGAACCCCACGACAUGCGUCCACUUUCGCAUGUCGAAUUGGCCCAGAUAGAUGAGUUGGCUCGGUAUUUGGUACGAUUUGCACAUUCCAAGGAGCCCGUCUUACCGGAGCUCGCGAAAAGUCUUGUACGAAACCCUGAGGAGAAGCCAAGUGUGGGCGUCUCUGCGGAGGAGCUGGAGUUGGUAGCUCAGCUUGCUGAGGACUGGAAGCAGAUGGAGACACCGAGGGCUCCACCACUGAGAACAUAUGAGCUACGAGAGUGGGUGAAAGUGUCAGAAAUCCCCGUGAAUGCUGCGACAGACCAGAUAUCAGCGAAUUGGGACCCCACGGAUGUCGAGACCGGACAGGAGGCGAUCAAUGAAUUGGCUCAAGUGGCCACUGAUGCUCCUCCCGAGAAUUCUCCAGAUGUCAUUCCAGAGGCCACCUCACCGCAACCCUGGCCCCGUAGACCUUGGUCUAAGAUCCGCCGUGUCCAGCUCUCCGAGAACAACUCAGUGCAGAAAGAUGACCUCACCACGCCCGAGGAGCUGGACGACACUACCAGGCCGCAACCUAAGGCCAAACAAUUUUCAAACACUUUCUUCACGCCGCGUGGGUUCUCCAAGACAGGAAAGAUGUUGAACACGCCGAAAGGAAAAAUGGCCAAGGCGGUAAAACAGCAACCGAAACCCCGCAGGCCAGUCUCUCAAUAUCUAUUCUUCAAGCCGGGCGCAAAUCACAAACCAGGGAAAAAUCCGAAAGCGCCGCAAGCGCUGCGGGAAAAGCGCGAGCCCCGGGCGAAACCCCCACGACCGCAGCAUACCUUUUUUCGUGGCGAUAGUUUGUUCGGCAAGGGCAAAGGCCCUUAG